GUUGAGAAUGUCAAUUAGAAUUACAUGUGUAAGUGCGUGGUGCGACGGCGCUUGCAUGGAAUAGGCAAGUUUGAACUGGGGUUGAAAACUCCACAGGAUGCGGCUCUACUUGAGCUUCUUCUUGAGGUCGCGGACUUCGGUCGUAGCGCGCUCGGCGAUGUCUUCGUUGCGCAGCAUGUAUCGAUCGGCAGCCCACGUGACGAGGAAUCCCAUCGCCCCGAGUGGCAACUGGUCAUGAUUGAGGUCACCCUGAAGUUGGUAUUGGAUCAAGUUGUACGUGUUCAUGCCAAACCAAGCGAGUUGUACCACCGAGAGUGCGAACAGGGCUUUGAACACAAGCAGUGGGUUGCUUGUGGCACGAUGGAGGAACAACAAGUUCAAGACCACAAUUGCCACCGACAGGACUUCGUACACAAUGCCAAAGCGAAACACAAACUUUGCGGUCUUCAACAAAUUGUAGCUCUGGUACAGCGCCAUAGCGCCAACGAUAGCUGAAGCCUUGGUCAAGAAGUCUUUCCAUAGACCAUUGAAGUACACUGUCUUAGCAUGGUGAGUGUAUACUUCCUUCUCCAAGUCGGCGGCGGUCUUUGCGGGGGCUUUCAUCUCGGUCA